AUGUCACCUGAAAUAGGCGAUAUAAUUCUUCGUCAAACGAAUCGGAAAGCAGGAGAAAUGAUCAAGGCCUGGAACGAGGCUAAUCCAACAUGUCGACGAACGCGUCAUGUAAAUGCUACGGCAUUACAAAGGCGAUCACAGACUCCAGAUGAACGAGCACAAGCUAAUGCAUCGCAGCGUGAACGUAAUGCACGAAAUAGAUCUGUUGUACCUGAAAUUAUGCGUGCUGCUUUUAAUUACAACAGUCAGAUCAACUACAGUAUGUACGGAUAUAUUGGAAUACUGGACGCAAUAUGUCCACAUUGUGAUGCGGCUAAAUUUCCAGGUGAAAUGCCCGGCAUGUGUUGUGCUAAUGGCAAAGUGAGAUUGCCACCAUUAAAAACUCCACCCGAACCAUUGUCUUCAUUAAUUUUUGGGGCUUCUGAAAAUUCGAAGCACAUUUUGAGUCAUAUUCAACAAUACAAUUCGGCAUUUCAAAUGACUUCUUUUGGUGCUACUAACAUUAUUAGAGAUAAUUUUAUGCCGACGUUUAAGAUUCAGGGCCAAAUUUACCAUCAAGCUUGUUCGUUAUUGCCUUACCCCGAUGCUGAUUAUCAAUUUUUGCAAAUUUAUUUUAUUGGUGAUGAAAAUCGUGAAUUGGAUCAACGUUGUGCAAUUGCUUUGAAUACAAGACGAGAAAUUAUUUGUGAGCUACAAAGGUUUUUCCAUCAGCAUAUCGCAUUAGUUCAAUUGUUCAAAAUUGCUCUCGAUCGUAUGCCAUCUGAUAAUCACUAA